UCAUCGGCCCACCAGCCCCCCGGAGGAGGGGUAAUAAAUCUGCAGGAGGGGCUGCAUUGCGGAGACAGACAGACACACGCGCAAACUCACACUCAGACAAAAGCAAGGCAGAAAAUUCUGCAAGCCUGACGUCCAGCUGCCUCCGAAGACGAGUACGGCACAACGAAAACCCUGUCAGCUGGGUUAGCAGCCAGCAGAUCCAACCCUUCCUUAAAACAGGCGGAGAUGCUGGACACGGCGAACAGCCAGUACGACUCCUUCCUGUACUGGAGAAUGCCCAUCCCAGAGCUCGACCUGGCGGAGCUGGAGGGGCUGGGGUUGGCCGACGCGGCACUCUACAAAGCCAAGGGCGGUGUGGGCAAGCGGCCUGGGGACUGGAAGAAGCUCAGGCAGGACAUCGCCGAGGAAGAGGACACUCUCCUGCAGUUCAACAGCUUCAAUUUCUGGCGCGCGCCGAUAGCCAGCAUUAGCGCGUUAGAUUUUGAUCUGGUCUGAUGCCAGCGGCCCGAGCACUCGGCCGGGUCUCUUUGGUUAGGUCUCUGUGUUGUCCUUUACGUUGAAAGUGGUCGCUGACGAUGCUGAUUAACGAAUCGCCCAGUGAUGACACCUCCAAGACUCAUCGUCCGUGUUCCCCCCCCCCGCCCACCUUCUCUCUUCUCAAGGGUAUGUCUACGCAGUACAUGCAGGUGUCGGCACACCUGAGCUAGUGUUACUCUAGCCAGCGCGGGUAACCAUCGCAGGGUAGUUGCGGCAGGCCGGCCAUUUGUCCGGUUUUAAGCCGGGCCGUCCUUUUUUUCUGUGGGUGGGCCCCUGUCCAGCACCGGGAUAACGCCGGUCACGGGUUUGUGGAGGACAUCGGGGCAGAAUGGCGCACUCUUCAACAUGCUGGUGUGACUGGAGUCGGGGCGGGGGAGCUUCCCCAAAAGUGGGGGGAGGGCAGGGACCCCCACCCUCUCCCUGGCACUGCCCCUGCCCCUCCUCUUACCACCAAGACCCCACCCCUGGCCAAGCCAGAAGUGGGGCUGGGGAGCCCGGGCCCCAUCACCUGCCUGGGGUACAGGGGGGUUGAGAGUAGCCCCUGGCCUGUGUUCCCACCCCACCCCCCAAGCCCUCCACCCAGGGCAGGUGGAGGGUCCGCAGCUCCCCACCCCUGCCCAGGCUCCCCUGGGCUCCUGUUGCCGGUCUGGCCAGGGGGUGGGACCUUGGGGGAAGAGAAGGGGCAGGGACAGGGCCCGUGGCAAAAAGUGGCCUCUGGCCCCCCCCGUUCCAGCGCCCCUGACUGGGGUGCUCUCCAACAUGCCAUCCAUCCGGUCACGCCCAAGGGCAGUGUCACACAGCUGGGGUCAGCCCCACGCCAUUCCCAGAAGUACUGGAAUGUCUGGUAAUUCUGGGGUGCAUCAGUGGCCCCCUUAACAUCUGGUGGCCCAGGCUAGCCACCCCAAUACUAGCCUGCCAGAGUCCCGGGGUGCCUAUUUGGGUUGCCAGCCCAUGCCAAAGUCCGUCUCGCCCUUUUCUACCCUGCUAUUGUUACUCAUGCUGGCUAGACCAAAACAAACCGGGGGCGUGCCAAGCCAUGCGGCAGUCACACCGUCACGUGCCCGUGGUUAGCUCACAAGUGUUGGAAGCCACAUUCAGUUUGUCUUGGUGUGAGCAGGCAUUGUGCCAUAGCCCUGACCGUACCUGUGCGAGAACGUGCUAGAGAACCACGAAGUAGCGGUCGGAUUUGAGCUCAUUCCUAUUGUGUUUUAUUAAGAAACGUGUGUGCAAACAGACGACCACCUCACCUGUCCAAAUUCCCCUCUUAGUUGAAGUCCGAUCACAUUGCCCUGGGGUGGCGGACAUCCCUGCUUCUCUAAACGCUCCCAUUUUUCCAACCUGCGCUCAGUUUCCCCACCCUUUCCAUUUGGAUAUUCAAGGUUUCUCUGCCAGACAAAUGCCAGCGGGCCCUUUCUUCUGCGCAAUAGGGGCUGAUCAGGCGCAAGCCUCAUUCCUGAAAAGGAGUCCCAGCCUCUCUGCCUUGUCCAAAACCGCAGAGCAAAGAGAAAACCAUCAGUGUGAGAAUUUUGCUAGGAACGUGGAUACAUUUUCAUUAGGAUGAAGGGAAAUUUUGGGGACAGAGCCUCAGGAGGUAUUGAUGGAGCCUGUUUCCACCAGCCGCAGAUCUGGCCCAUGCUGCCUGACCCACUAAAACCAAAUACAGCCACCACAUCAGUUUUGCCUUAAAGACUUGGGGUUAAAUAUUGCUCGGGCUCCCAUCCCCUGGGAUUACUGCCACAUUGAACAUGGGUCGCAUGUGGGCUCUGAGGGCCCGAUUCUGAUUGCCUUGUAGUGCCUCACGCCACGAGCCAGGCAUUGGCCUUCUAAAGCCAGGGAGCAAGGUGCUACUCCGUGUGAGGAUGGCUAUCGGAACCGGACCCUUACGGCUGGCUCUUGCUGCCCGUAUCACAGGAGGGCCACGCUGCUAAUCCUCUCGCUGGUGAUCAUCCGAUUCACCCCCGCUGAAUUAUUUUGGGGCUGCGUCUGAGUAGCCACUCGUCAGUGGGACGAAGGCCUGGGCAGCCUGCUUACUGAGCAGUAGCUGGCUCUGCACGUUGCUCUAGUUAGGGCGGCUUUGAGCAGUAAGGACCAGAGCCACAAGAAUCAUAGGACUGGAAGGGACCUUGAGAGGUCAUCUAGUCCAGUCCCCUACUCUCAUGAAGUAUUCGGAUGCUCAUGGAGUAUCAAGAGUAUUAGGCAUUGUGCUUUACCAACCCCACUGGCUUCACGGGCGGCUGUGGGCUCCGUCAGCCCCGGCCUGCUUCACCUGGCUGGCGUCAGGCUUGGAGUGAGGGGAGAGCCCGGCUCAGAUGAAGGCUGAUUGGGGAGGAGAGCAGAUCUCCAGCUGUGAGAGAGCAGCUGAGCCUUCCAGAGCCUCCCUAGGGAGAGGCAGGAGAGUUGUGGGACUAUGGCUGGGUCUGUGUCAGCCGUGAAUGACCUGACCCUGCCGCUGAGUUAGUCUGCUGCAAAUGGUGCCCUGCCUGAAGGGGGCGACUGCUUGGGAAUAGACCUUUUGUUUCCUUACGCCUGACUGCGGACCUAGUGCUGAUUUGUCCGGAGCCGAGCAGCAAACUGACCGCAGCUGCCUAGCUCCCAUUGAUUUCAAUGGGCGUUAGGCACCUAAAUACCUAUGAGGAUCUGAGCCUUAGGGGCUACUUGGAGUGAGCAGUCCUCAGGGGAAGGGGUUAAACAAACAAAACAAAAAAACAGGUUUUCUUCCCCCCAAGUGCAAAGAAGUGUCUGGAAACAAGUGGUGGAAAAUCUGGGAGGUUUUUUUAAUGUCCACUUAAAUAAAAAAAGGCCCGUUGGCUGGAUUGUUCACACCUGUGCUGACACCAGCUAUGAGACACGUUAGCCCAAAAAGCAACAGAACAAAAGAGAUGGAAAAGACUGAAGAGGAGGGUUUGUGCUUAAGGGUAGCAUUGCUCCAGUGUACCCGCUGUUUAUGGGUCUCAGCGCUGCAAGGGAGGCUAGGAACGUCUAUACGGAGAUUAAUUGUAACAGAUCUAUGGUAACCUUGGACUUCACAGAGGUCACCAUGGUGCAUCAGGUGGUUGUUUGGAAUUUCAGAGUGAUAGAACCCAGAGCCACUGCUCCAGGCCUCUACAGAGUGAGCUCAGAGUGAAUUUCCUUGAGCAGCUACCCAGUAUAGGGUCUAUGAGCCACAGUGGAGCAGUUCUGAUUCCACCCACCAGAGGACAGGGGUGCGGCUGCACACUAGCCGGUUCUUGACAUUAUGAUGCUAGUCAGGAAAGCCACAAUGUGCAGCAACUCAAAGCCUUCCAGAGAGCUUGCAGAGUAUGUAACGCGUAGAAGGGAACGAGGCAGCCCGAACUAGUAAACGGCUAUGAAAAAUGUAAAUUCCACAUACAGAGCAUGGCUAUUUCACCUUCCAAAAAUACCCAGGCUGCGGACUUUAAGAUUUUUAAACUGGAGGUGAAGAAUGUAAACUUUCCUUCGCAGGCCUGUAUGGUUUUGUGUCCCAAGCCAAAAAGCCAUGGAAACCAGGGGAGAGGUACUUAUAAUGAAACUUUAAAUAAAAUUAGUUUUUAAAAAAGUACAUAUUCCUGUGGACACUUGAAAUCCAUACAGACUGGAACAAAACACUCUUUAUAGCUGCUAUGCCUCAGCUGCCUUCAAACCGUUUAAAGGUCUUUUGACUAUCUAUGGUAAACGGACAUGCCAAACAGUGGGUGUGCCUGGUCUGAAACGCCUGCCUUCUUGCCUGGGGGAGUGAAAAAUCAAGAGGCUCCUAAAAUAAAGGGUCUGCUUCUCCUUUACCCUGCACCAGUGCCAACUCGGUGUAAGAGACACUUGUACGGGAAGCGCUUUCUGUUUCAGGAGAAAUCCUGCAAUUUUGGAAAAAAAUUUCCCAUUCCAGAACAAAAAACAAAACAAUUCAAAAAUUUCCUGUGAAACAAAAUUGCGGGUGCGGGGGGACUAUUUUGGGUGGAUCACAAUGGUUCACUCUGAUUUCAGCUUUUUCAAAAUUGUAUAUUCUAUUGUCUAAAGUCAAACUAUUGACCAAUCAAUCAUUUUGAAAUGGAACAUCAGCAAGUUUGGUUCCCGAAAGAGUGAAAUGGAACUUUCCGACUUUACCGGAACGCGCCAUUACGCCUUUGUUUCUGAAAUGAAAGGGUCAAAAUUGACACGUUCCCGACAAACACUUUGAUUGGGAUGAACCAGUAUUUUCCAAAGGAAAAACGUGCAACUCGAAACCUUCCCAGCAGCUCUAGUGACAGACACAGCCAUUCUGAGCAGAUAGCACUGGUUAUCCACUUGGCGUUGGGGUAAAUUCUAUCCAAAGGUGCAGGGUACCAGAGAACUGGGCCCAAGUCUCCAAGACCGACGUGUUUAAUGUUCAGUGUGCCUUACAAAGAGUAAGAAAGCAGGUCAAUGAUUGGGAGAAAUCUACUAAAUUAAACUGAAACAAAAACCAUUGAAUUCUCCAUCCACCCUUCAUUGCUGGUUUGGAGUCAGAGCUGAUACAAGAGGCCUAGGAAUGGAUUACAGAAACCUGCCUUCAUCUUGGUUUCUGUGUGAAAUCUGAGGCUAUGUCUUCACCCUUCAUGAGAUCUUUCUACAUCCUGAAUUUAGAACCGGCAUGCUUCCAGGGUCUAUAUAUUCCUCAGAUCUCACAGAGAAACAAAGGUGUCCUGAUCAAGCCAAUAUGGUCAAGGGGAGUUGUGCGUGUUUGGUCAAUAGGUACCGGGGCCCUUAGGUUCAUGCACACAAUCUAAUGGACUGAAGCAACUGCUGAGAACUAGAAAUCUCAAUAUCUGGGUGGGUUAAGUAUCAUACGCUGUACGCAGAAUGUAAUGCUACUGUACUUUCUUCUAGACCAUGCACAGCUGAUUACAGGGCUGUAUAGGUGUCCAGUAGUCCUCUUACAUACGGAAUCUGCAGCGUAUACACGCCAGUUCUGUGUAUGGCUCUCUCGUACAUUGCAAGUUGCAAAAGGCUCCUGAGUAAGUUGUGUUAGUCCCCCCUUUUAUAAGGACAGAUGCCUUGUUUGCCUUCACAAAUCGUUCAGUCUUCCACUUGCCCAGCUGUCUAGCACUUCCACUGCUUCUUUGUGUUCUCCAGGACGGAAUGAGCAAAACCGAUGCCAGAGGUGUUUUCCAAAAUCUUCAAGUGUAACGGUCCCAAACUCUAACCGAUGGCUUCACCUGGCAGUCCGGCACUGUGCUGCCUCCGAACAAACAUUAAUAAAGUGUUUCACCCCUGAACCACACUAAAUCUUCUCUGCAUGAAUAUUAUGCCACGAUUCGUAUUCUUUGAACUAAAAUGUUUAUUGCAGCAAUAGAUUCACCAAACUGUCACUCCGCUGCUUUUGCUGUCUAUUGCUUUUGCCGGGCAUUUAGAAGUCUGGCAUUUCUGCUAAGAUUUCAGCUUCCUCACCACUUUGUACUCCAUAAUAUCAUCUUUCACCUCUCUUGCCAUUUCAUAAUAAUAAAAGAGUAUGAAACUAA